UCAUAGAUUCAACAAGUUCGUCUGAUGACCCUCCUGAUCUCCCUCCCGUGUUCUGAUCUCACCAGCCUGCAAUGCCUCCUAGGGCAUCCUAAGAAGCUCUCGCCGCGAUGCACACGUGGCUGUACCGCGGCAACGCGGUGAUCACGCUCUCCGUCUUUCUGCUCAUCGCGCUCAGCGUGCUCGCCUCGCUCUCCGAACGCCUCCACACCUCCGCCCCGACUGUCGACCUCGACCUUUUAGAUGUGGAGCAUUUCUGGAGAAUACCGGGUGGUCCGUUUCAGGGAAACGAUGAGGCCGUGCUGGCGCUGAACAUCACGGCCAACCUCACGUCCGUCUUCACUUGGAACACCAAGCAGCUGUUUGUAUUCGUCACGGCAGACUUUUCGACCCCAAAGCAUCCACUGAACCAGGUGUCGCUGUGGGACGCCAUCAUCGAGCGCAAGGAGGAUGCUGCGCUCCAGUUCACCCGGGAGAUCAGCGAGUACUCGCUCAUGGACCAGGGCAACAGCUUGCGAGGCCUGCCGUUCAACCUGACGGUCUAUUGGAACGUGAUGCCCAUAGUGGGCGGGCUGUCCAUGGGCAAGGUGUCCUUCUCCGGCUUCUCCAUGCCGCCCAACUACCGCCCCUUCCACCUGCCCCGCGACCCCUCGCGCUUUGGCGCGCACCACAUGCACGACAUGCACUUUGAGAAUGGCGAGGAGCAUGAUGACGAGCACGAGGAUGGGGAAGGGCUUGAGUUGGAGGAACAUGAGGAGGAUGGGGAUCAUGACGACUCUUGAUGGAUGCUGUGCCGUGGCAGCGCGAUGCGCAUUUAUGGCAGUCGCUGUUUCAGGUUGUUCAGCAGAAUCUUCAUGCAGCUCAAGGUUGCUUCUUUUUAAGUGGGAUAUCAUGUCACAGCAUGGAUGGUGGGUCCAACCUGAAAGAAUUGAAAAGGUGUGCAGGAGACUAAGUAUAGAAUCUGCAGACACAAGUACUUGAAGUAGAAAGUAAUACUGGAAUUACCUCCAGUACCAGUAACAGCCAGUAUUAACAAGUUGUAACACCAGAGUUGGUGUAACAGCCCUGUGAUACUUCAAGACUUAACCAAUGAACUUUUGCUGGAAUGGUAGACUAGUAAGGCAGCGGAAGUCUUAGAACUUGUUAGGUGUUGA